CAAGAAAAGAAUCCGAGGUACUUACAAUUUCCCCCUUCAACUAUCCCCAUUCUUUUGGCGUUUCCAUUAUCCCCAAUUUCAGUUUCCUCGGGGUUUUUUUCUUCUUCUUUCUCGAUCAAUGGCGGGUGAAUUGCAGUUGGAGCCAGCAGAUGCUCGAAACCCUGGUGAUUCUGAUCCUCUUUUAGGAAACCAGAUCGAUCCAUCUUCUCUGGAGCGUUCGAGUGAGAUUAGGAAUGAUGAUAUUGAGAAUGGUUCUGCUCCUUGUUGCCGCAUUUGCCUCGAGUGCGAUGGUGAAGAAGAUGAUGAACUAAUAUCUCCAUGUAUGUGCAAAGGCACCCAGCAGUUUGUUCAUCGUGCUUGCCUUGAUCAUUGGCGUUCGGUAAAGGAAGGAUUUGCUUUCUCCCAUUGCACGACUUGCAUGGCUCAGUUUCACCUUCGAGUGGAAUUGUUUGAGGACAACUCUUGGCAUAAAAUAAAGUUCAGACUUUUUGUGGCAAGAGAUGCCUUUCUUGUGUUCUUGGCUGUACAAACUGUGAUUGCUGCAAUGGGAGGCUUUGCAUAUGUCAUGGAUAAAGAUGGGGCUUUCCGGAAGUCAUUCAGUGAUGGUUGGGAUCGCAUACUGUCAAACCAUCCUGUACCAUUUUAUUAUUGUGUAGGGGUGCUUGCCUUCUUUGUGUUGCUCGGAUUUUUCGGUCUCAUAUUGCAUUGCUCCUCCCUUAAUAGCAACGACCCGCGAAUGGCUGGAUGCCAAAAUUGCUGUUAUGGGUGGGGCAUAUUGGAUUGCUUUCCUGCAUCCAUGGAAGCAUGCUUUGCACUGGUGGUGGUUUUUGUUGUGAUCUUUGCCAUUCUGGGGAUAGCUUACGGUUUCCUUGCUGCCACUAUGGCAAUUCAGCGGAUCUGGCAGAAACACUACCACAUUCUUACUAAGAGGGAGCUUACUAAGGAGUACAUUGUGGAGGACCUUCACGGAUCUUAUACCCCACCAAAACUUGAUACGGAACACGAAGAGCGCUUGAAAAUGAUGAAGCUUUUGUAGUGUGAAGGAAUAGGUAUUUGAGGUGAGUCUUCCAAAUUAUUCAGAAUACGAAAGAUAAAAUUCUGCCGGUUGCUUGGCCAUUUUGCCAAAUAGAGUUUUGGGGGUUGGGGGGGUAAUCCUCUGUCUCUAGAAAUCUCACUUUGAAGUCUUUACAUGGUUAUAGCCGACUGACUGUGAACGCGGUAUACUGGCCAUGCCGGGGGCAGGGGGUGCAUAAUAAUCUGUGCAGUGAUGU